AUGAAUAAACAAUUUAUUAAAAUGUCACAUACUUCAUCAAAAUUAAUUGAUUUACCUAAAUCAAGCACAUUUACAAAAUUUAUUAAACCUGAUAAUAGAAUAUUAACAAGUGAAAUUGCUUUAAAGAAUGAAAAUCAAAUAUCAAAUACUCCAAGAAAUUUAUUAAAUGGUGGGUUUUCAUAUGUUUUACCAACUGAGAGAAAAGAUUACAAAUUCCUCCUAACUAAUCCAAAAGCAUUACAAGAUUUAGGACUUGAUGAAAAUGAACCGAAUAAUAUUGAAUUUCAAAAAAUUGUAAGUGGGGAAUUUUAUAAUGAUAAAACAACAUUUUUAAAUAAAGAUUGGCCUUUUCCUUAUGCUCAAGCUUAUGCUGGUUGGCAAUUUGGUCAAUUUGCUGGUCAAUUAGGUGAUGGUAGAGUUGUUAAUUUAUUUGAAGUACCUCGAAAACCAGAUGGUCUAAAUCGUGAUAAAUUUGAAUUACAAUUGAAAGGAGCUGGAAAAACACCAUUUUCAAGAUUUGCUGAUGGGAAAGCAGUUUUGAGGUCUUCAAUUAGAGAAUAUAUCAUAUCUGAACAUUUAAAUGCCGUUGGAAUUCCAUCUACACGUGCUCUAAGUUUAACUUAUUUACCAACUACAUUAGCUCAAAGAUUAGCUGCUGAAAGGUGUGCUGUUGUUGCUAGAUUUGCUGAGAGUUGGGUUAGAUUAGGUUCAUUUGAUUUAUAUAGAUUUAGAGGUGAUAGAGAAGGGGCAAGAAAUUUAGCAGAUUAUGUUAUAAAUGAAUUAUUCACAAUUGAUGGGAAGAAAUUCCAAAAUUUUGAAAGGAUAACAAGAACAAAGGAUGAUUUUUUCAAUACUAGCAAAAAUUUAAUUGGUGAAUUGACAGAUUAUGAUAAAAUGUAUUAUGAAACAAUUAUAAGAAAUGCUGAAACAACCGCCGUUUGUCAAUGUUAUGGUUUCUUAAAUGGUGUUUUGAAUACUGAUAAUACUUCAAUAUUAGGAUUAGCUAUUGAUUAUGGUCCAUUUUCAAUUAUGGAUAAAUAUGAUCCAAAUUAUACACCAAAUUCAGAAGAUCAUGAAAAAAGAUAUGGAUAUAGAAACGUCCCAACUGCAAUUUGGUGGAAUUUGACCAGAUUAGGAGAAGAUUUAGCUGAAUUAAUAGGUGCUGGAAAAGAAAUAUUGGAAAAUAAGGAAUUUUUAGAAGGUAUUAAAGAAGAAUGGGAGGAGCCAAUUAUAAAAAGAGCUACUAAAAUUAUUGAAAUUGGUGGUGAUAUUUAUCAGUAUGCGUAUACUAAGAAAUAUGUGGAGACUUUUUUUAAGAGAUUAGAACUUGCACAAGAAUUAAUAGAGCAGAAGAAUCCAGAAUUGCAAAAUGUUAAUAUUAUUAGUCCAAUGUUGGAUGUAUUAUAUAAAAUUCAAACUGAUUUCAAUUUAUUCUUUUUACAAUUACAAAAUAUUGAUUUUAGUAAAGAAUAUGAACAAAUCACUGAAGGAUUAUUUUUAAAAGAUUAUGAUUUUAAUACAUUUAGACAUCAUAAAGAAGAUAUAAUUAAAGAAGCAAGUGAAUGGUUGAAAGUAUACCAUGAUGCAAAAGAAAAAUCGAAAGAUUAUAAAGUUGAAGAUUCAAAUAAUUAUAAUCCUAAAUUCUUACCUAGAAACUGGAUAUUGGAUCAAGUUAUACAACAAGCUACUGAAACGAAAUGUGAAGAUAUAAGUUAUUUGAAGAAGUUACAGAAAAUGAGCACUUAUCCUUAUGAUCCUACUAAAUGGGGUGAUGAAUUAAAAGAAUUGGAACAAAGUUGGAUUUUACAGGGUAAUAAAGGAGAUGAAUAUUCAAUGUUACAAUGUAGUUGCUCAAGUUGA